CAUAACCUAUCCCUGUGACAUCUGUGAUGCGAGGGGGCCAUAAUCAUUUUAUCAGUGUGUCAAACACAGUAACCCGAUCCGAAAGUCGGACUACGUCGAGUUGACACCCGCGUAUCAACAGAUCAAAAGAGCCGCGAAGCGCACCUGUCAACGAGACGUGAUCCAACUCUUCGGAUGAAAGUUACUAAAGUAAUGAUGAGUUUAUUAUACCAUCCCCUCUUUAUUUUUAAAUUCACGUAAAUAAGAUAAUGAAUGUAUUCGUGACUACUGUAAAGAGAUAUAUGGAGUGAAAUCAUUUUUUUUUUUUUUUGUGUACGCAGUUUUGUUUGUGACGCGGUCGAUCACGUUCCACAAAAACGUGAUGACACUACAGAGCGAAAAGUCAUGCAGAUCACAAUAUGUGAAUUAACAGGACCAAAACACGGAUUAUUGAUGGAAAUAUAGUAAACAAAUAUAAUUCUUCACCGCCACUGUUACAAGAACAUACCACUGUAUCCAGUCAAUAAUCAAUUGAAAUGGUAAUGAUGCUUGGUUAUUUAUUUGUAAUUAAAAGUAAAGUGUACUUAAUUACCUAAACUGGCGAUUCACUGAAGGACUGCAUCAAUAUAAUCUGUGACAAUGGAUAUAUGCAUUCAUAUAGGUAAAUAAAAUUGACAAUAAUCAAGGACGUAGGAUACCCAAAAUAUUGUUAAAGAAUUUUGUAAAAUUAUUUAUAAAUGUUUUAAUAUUGCUGAAACCCACAUUUACCACAAGAUUUUCCCAUGAAACCACUUUCAUUUUGUAGCAUUCUAUGACCUUAAUCAAAAUAUGUCAUUGUAAAUUUUUGGUGAUUCAUUCCUUUUCUUUCAGAAUUUUCAAGAAAAGCAGCCUGAGUGGUAAAGUGACCGUGUUCCUAGGAAAGCGAGACUUUUUGGACUAUCUCACUCAUGUCGAUGCUAUUGAUGGGGUGGUUUUAGUGGACCCGGAAUGUGUAAAGGACCAGAAGAAAGUCUAUGUUCAAGUUCUCGGGGCUUUUCGAUACGGCAGAGAGGACCUGGAUAUCAUAGGCUUAUCUUUCCGGAAGGACUUGUUCAGCGCCACCAUACAGGUGUAUCCGCCGGUUGUCGAGCAGCAGAAGCCGCUGACGGCGCUACAAGAACGGCUGAUAACGAUACUGGGACCUAAUGCCUACCCAUUCUUCUUCGAGAUUCCGCCCAACACACCGAGUUCCGUCACGCUGCAACAGACACCCGGUGAAGACGGCAAGCCAUGUGGCGUGGAUUAUCAACUGAAAACACACCUCGCAGAAAGCUUGGAUGCUAAAGCAGAAAAAUUAUCCACCGUUAGAAUGGCUAUCCGUAAAUUGACGUAUGCCCCUAACGAUGUGCGCGCUCCUCCCCCGAAAGCGGAAAUCAACAAAAAUGGUAUCAAACUGGAAGCCUCUUUGGAAAAGGAAAAAUAUUACCAUGGAGAAAGUGUUGCAGCUCAGAUUUCAAUAGACAACACGUCCAGUAAAACCAUAAAGAAGAUUAAGCUGUCCGUUGUGCAGAAGACCAUGGUAACCCUACACGUGUUAUGUGAAGAAGAACAAGAGCUGAGGUUCCCCGACCAAAAUUUCCAAGAAGGGUUCCCAAUCAGGGCAGGUCAGACGGGAUUCUUUAAGACGUACCACAUGAUGCCGCUUCUGGAGAACAACAGAGACAAACGGGGACUGGCACUGGAUGGCAAACUGAAGCACGAGGAUACUAAUUUGGCAUGUUCAACAAAGAUGUCGGAGAGCCUUCAGAAGGAGAACGCAGGAAUCAUCGUGUCUUACAAGGUUGUCAUCAAACUGAUAUUCGGAUUUGGAACUAGUGACCUGAUUUUGGAACUGCCGUUUACCUUGACACACCCAAUGCCAGAACACGCAUCUAGAACCACCAGCUGCCGAGAAUCACUGGGGGACGAUGCGGUGUUUAAUAGCGAUGAAAUGGUGGAGGACGACUUGGUGUUUCAGGAGUUCAACAGAGCGCCAAUUGCCAAACCGGAGUGUUUUAAGGAAACUGAAACGUCGGAAGAAAAAAAUGACGAAUGAUUAAAAAAAACUUCCUCGGAUUAAAUUAAUAGUAUAUUUUCUAUGUUUUGUGUAUAUCUAAAACUUGCUAUGUUUGUUGUAAUGAUGACAUUGAAAGGUGAAUGACAACAGGAGGAGUUCGUAUAGUGUUUUUGAUGUCCCGCUAUACACACAAGAAACUUUACAUCAACGAAUAUAUUUACUCCAAGAAUGUAGUAGUAGAUGGCAAUAAAAAUGGACGCUUGAACUGAAAAGUUCUCCUUUGUGAUUUUCAGACCUUGAAAAGGGAGUACGAUUUGACGAAAGUUCAGAGAAAUCUCGUAAGAGUUAUGUUCCGUUAUCUCACCGCUAUACCCCUACGUCAACACGUCCUGCCGAAGUAUUGUCAAAUGGUCUACGUAUAUUUUUUAAAUCUAUGUAAUAAAAUGAAGUAAAAUUCUA